AUGCCACCACCGGUGAGCGAUUUGGAGUACAACUUCGCAGCAGCAGAACCAGCAGCAGCAGCAGCAGCAGAAGCUGAAGCAGCACCACCGGCCACACGAACACUGGAGCUAGCAGCCCUGGCAACCAGCCGCAAGCGACCGGCAGCGGUCACCUUUGCACCAAUUCCCGAGGAGGACGACGUAGACUUCGACGCCCGACCUUCUCAAGCACCACGAGCAAUGCCACAAGCAAGCAAUGCACCACAGGAACACACACCUUCCUGGUUUCUUGACCCAGAUGGCCGACACACCAUGGUACUGGAGAAUGCUCAGACACUUCAAGCACCACCUCCUGAUUUGCACCAAACAGGACAGUGUCGAUAUCGCACCAGCUGGGCCUACCACGACAACAACUGGUCCAAACUUGAGGACCGAGUCGACUGGCAGCACCUGACAGAACCACAACAGGCAUUACCGCACACCAUGGACCGGCUUGUCACCAGCUUCGGUCCAGACCAGUUCAAAGGCCGACGGCCUUCCAUCGAAUCCGCACCAGGCAUGAAACGAACAGCAGAAGAAAGCAACUUGCCAGGCAGAGCUGACGGCAGCCGCAGGAGGCCAUCAGCCACUGAACAAACACCCACAGCGACAGCAGAGCAAACACUCACCACACCUGCUGAACCAACAGCACCGGCAGCCGCAAGCACUACGGCGCAUGACACAUCUGCAUCGACGCCACCGGAUGCAGAGACACCAGCAGCACCAGAGGACACAGUGAACAACGCACUGGUCACCUACUGUCGCAGCUGCGGAAGCAAAGACACCACAACCGACGCAGCAGAACAAACAUGCUGCGUCAGAUGUCUCUCACACGAGUUUGUCACGGAACCACAUCUGGUAAACAGCUGGUUCGACGAACUUGAGCAGAUCACAGCCAUGAAGACGACACCCAGCUUGGCACACUACCACACCAAGUGCAAGACCUGGGUACCAGCACACCUCAAGGAUCUCGAAGAGAUCACCUUGCCGCACACCCACGAGCUCGAUGACCUGUCGUUCCUGCCGCUGACACAACAACAAGCCAAAGCAGCACGGCAACAAACACCAAGACUCUCGAGACGAGAGCAACGUUGGCUCACCAGACACGGCCGUCACUGCACUUGGCUUCUUGGAUGGGAUGGCAACCCUCCAGAGUUACCACCACUCUUCCAGCAGGAAGAUUUCAGCAAAGCCUAUCUGAACUUCGUGCAGGACAUUAGCAAUGGCAGCACCACAUCAGCAGACCCACAAGCACUACAGGAUGCACAGCAACACACAAUGCACGGCAGGCCAACAUGGGCCCAACAACACUGGCAGGCAUACACCACAGCUUCACACUUCAACAAGGGCAACAAGCCCGCUCAUGAGGUCAUUACAGGACCUGAUAGCAGCAGCGAUGAUGAAGAGCUGCAGGCCGAUGAAAGCGGAGGCAGAGCCGCCAAGCAGGCCCUUGCGCACUACGAAGCUGAGAGCAAUGAAAUGCAGAAUAAGCUCUUCCAGCUCGACACACGGCGUGACAUGGCACUGCAAGAGUGUCAGCUGGCCUCGGAGCACAGUUUAAAGCUCAUGCGACAGAGCCUGUGCUACAGAGCUGGCUCCGUGCUGCGCGGUGCUUCAGGGCCCCACCCGCCAACCCGGGAGAUCAGUAAGGAUGUUCUUCAUGACAAGUUGAUGGGCUAUUGGGUGGGGCAGCUAGUUGGCAAUUUCAUGGGACUUCCUUUUGAGUUCACCUACUGGGAUGAACCUAUGCCCAUUGAGCCGCACACCUACUAUGAUGAAGCAACAGCAAAUGCGUCUGGUCUCAAUGUGAAUGGGCCUUGUGAAACUGACGGCCGUGGUUGCAUUCCUCAAAGGCUCACCGAACUGCAGGGUGCGUACACAGAUGAUGACACAGACAUUGAAUUUGUCACGCUUCAUGCUUUGAUGGAACAUGGGCUGGACUUGACAUAUGCAGAGAUCGCUGAGUAUUGGAAAACCUACAUCAACAUAAAGGUCAAUGGCUCAGACACCCUUUGGUUUGCUAAUCGAGCCGUGGAGCGGGCAGAGUGGGGUGCACGGAUCACCAGCGAUUCGUGGGGGACACAUCCCACAAGGUUUUAUGCCGCCAUGUACAGUGCGGCCUUUUUCAUUACCGACGUCAGUGUCUUAUAUCGCAUCGGGCGACAGGCCGUUCCCAAAGGGAGCCCGUUUCGGCGGGCUUUGGUGAAGGUUUGGAAGUGGCACAAGCAGAGCCCAGAUGAUUGGCGGCCUGUUUGGCAAAAGAUCCGGGACAACUUCUCUUAUUAUCCCAAAGAUUGCGGUGACAUGCCCUGGCCCUGUGCCGUCUCAUCCAUAAUCAAUGGAGUGCUCGGGGCUAUGGCAUUUCUGUAUGGGGAGGGCGACUUCAAGCGCACCGUGGGCAUUGCCAUCGCUGCAGGCUUUGACUGCGACAAUCAAGCAGCAACCCUGGCAGGGCUGCUGGGUGUGAUGCACGGCGAGAGCGCGAUACCCCAGGAUCUCACGCGCACCAUCGCGGGCAACGAUUGGACCGAGGCCUUCAAUGAUCAGUAUGUGAAUGAACGCCGGCCACCGCUGCCCAGAGAUCAAACCAACUCGGGGAUUGUCGCAAACAUCAUGUUGCUGACACAACGUGCAAUUGUAGCGGAAGGGGGGCGAGACUUGGGAGACAAACUUGACGUGGUGGUGUCACACCAAGUAGCCUCACACUCCUAA